GCGCCACGGCGCAUGCUCCGGACUCAUCCUCUGGCCCCGGAGCUGCUGCUGCUGCUGCUGCUGCUGCUUUUGCUUUUGGGGCUGAGUUUAAUAAGCGAGCGAGAGAGCGAGCACGGGGUGGGGUGGGGGCAAAGGCAGAGCAUGUCCGCCAUCUACCCUCAGCUCCCGGGCGCGCUCUCAUUCAUAGCAGCCUCUUCAUGAAUUACAGCUGAAGGGGGCGGGGGAGGGGGGUACCACACAACACCCCGGCAAACCUCCGGGCCCCCAGGCAUGGCUAGCUCGUGUGCCGUGCAGGUGAAGCUGGAGCUGGGGCACCGCGCCCAGGUGAGGAAGAAACCCACAGUGGAGGGCUUCACCCACGACUGGAUGGUGUUCGUGCGCGGCCCGGAGCACAGUAACAUUCAGCACUUUGUGGAGAAAGUCGUCUUCCACUUGCAUGAAAGCUUUCCUAGGCCAAAAAGAGUGUGCAAAGACCCACCAUACAAAGUAGAAGAGUCCGGGUACGCUGGCUUCAUAUUGCCAAUUGAAGUUUAUUUUAAAAACAAGGAAGAACCUAAGAAAGUCCGCUUUGAUUAUGACUUAUUCCUGCAUCUUGAAGGCCACCCACCAGUGAAUCACCUCCGCUGUGAGAAGCUAACUUUCAAUAACCCCACAGAGGACUUUAGAAGAAAGUUGCUGAAGGCAGGAGGGGACCCUAACAGGAGCAUUCAUACCAGCAGUAGCAGCAGCAGCAGCAGCAGUAGCAGCAGCAGCAGCAGCAGCAGUAGUAGCAGCAGCAGCAGCAGCAGCAGUAGCAGCAGUAGCAGCAGUAGCAGCAGCAGCAGCAGCAGCAGCAGUAGUACCAGUUUUUCAAAGCCUCACAAAUUAAUGAAGGAGCACAAGGAAAAACCUUCUAAGGACUCCAGAGAACAUAAAAGUGCCUUCAAAGAACCUUCCAGGGAUCACAACAAAUCUUCCAAAGACUCCUCCAAGAAACCCAAAGAAAACAAACCACUGAAAGAAGAAAAGAUAGUUCCUAAGAUGGCCUUCAAGGAACCUAAACCCAUGUCAAAAGAGCCAAAAGCAGACAGUAACUUACUCACCGUCACCAGUGGGCAGCAGGAUAAGAAGGCUCCUAGUAAAAGGCCCCCUGUUUCGGAUUCUGAAGAACUCUCAGCCAAAAAAAGGAAAAAGAGUGGCUCGGAGGCUUUAUUUAAAAGUUUUUCUAGUGCGCCCCCACUGAUACUCACUUGUUCUGCUGACAAAAAACAGAUAAAAGAUAAAUCUCAUGUCAAGAUGGGAAAGGUCAAAAUUGAGAGUGAGACUUCAGAGAAGAAGAAGUCGACACUGCCACCGUUUGAUGAUAUCGUGGAUCCCAACGACUCAGACGCGGAGGAGAACAUGUCCUCGAAAUCUGACUCAGAGCAACCCAGUCCUGCCAGCUCCAGCUCCAGCUCCAGCUCCAGCUUCACACCGUCCCAGACCAGGCAACAAGGUCCUUUAAGGUCAAUCAUGAAAGAUCUGCAUUCUGAUGACAACGAGGAGGAGUCUGAUGAGGCAGAGGACAAUGAUAAUGACUCUGAGAUGGAAAGACCUGUAAAUAGAGGAGGAAGCCGAAGUCGCAGGGUCAGCUUGAGUGAUGGCAGUGACAGUGAAAGCAGCUCUGCCUCUUCCCCCCUCCAUCAUGAACCCCCGCCGCCAUUAUUGAAAACUAACAACAACCAGAUUCUUGAAGUGAAAAGCCCAAUAAAACAAAGCAAAUCAGAUAAGCAAAUAAAGAAUGGUGAAUGUGACAAGGCAUACCUAGAUGAGUUGGUAGAACUCCACAGAAGGUUAAUGACACUGAGGGAAAGACACAUUCUACAACAGAUCGUGAACCUUAUAGAGGAAACUGGACACUUUCAUAUUACAAAUACAACAUUUGAUUUUGAUCUUUGCUCGCUGGACAAAACUACAGUCCGUAAAUUACAGAGUUACCUGGAAACAUCUGGAACAUCCUGAGGACACAACAACUGGAUGCAUCAAAAACUAUUUUUUUUUUUUUUUGGUCGUGAUUUUUUGUUGUUGUUGUUGUUUAUAUGAAAACACUCAGAAUGAUACAACCAAAAGGGAAAAAAAUAAAAAUGAAACAACCUUCAGCUUUAUUUUUCUUUAAAGCCAGUCAUCAUCUCUUGAUAAAGGAGAGGUUACCUAAACCAGCCUCAGCGGACACUCCUCUGCAAGGAAAUCCCCAGGAAGAAUUACCUGGAUAGCCUUGAAAUCAAGCAGAUACAACACAAGAAAAUUUAAAGAAUGUGUAUGGUACCGUGGAUGUUUCUGUGGUGGUUCAUUCCACAGGACGAAUGCAUAUUCAACACACUGCCUUAUUACAUAACUGAUCUAUUUAUUACCACAUACAGAUAAAGUUGUGAGGGAAUGACACCACCAGACGUCCUAAGUACUCGGUCCCGCGGAUGCUCUUUCAAUGCAGCGCCCUUGCCGUCCCAAGCCCAGUGACCUUAUUCGUAUACUGUGCCACUUUCCACCAACUCUUCCCACGUCCUUUAACUUGUUGCAGUCUAUGGUUUCCACCUUUGUUUUCCCAGUUCCAGGACAUAGUUACCAACUGGGGGGACCAAAUAGCCACCUUGAUUUUCUUCCUUGUGGUCUUCUUUCCUAAAGGUUGAGGCCCAGUCCUUGGCUGUACCCAUGUAAUGAUCUUGGACAUGGUAGAUGUACCAAAUAGGAUCAUUCGAAUUGCUGUCUAGCCUUAGUCAAUAAACCUGUAGGACUUUGAACAAAA